CAUUUAAUAUACUUUAUUUCAAAUAAAAAUGUCAAAUGUCCUGCUCCAGAUGUUCACCCUCAACAGGGUAACCCAAUACAGUUACAGUAGAGUACACGCUGUAAUUACACAGGGAGGGAAAGGUUCUUGUGUCAGGCGACUUGCUAUUGGCUUGUCUUGUGAUGCCGUGCACUGAUUGGCUGCAGCCAAAACCUCAGCAUCGUAAAAGUCCGCUGACAGACCUGAGGUCCUUCGUGCUACAGAAGGGAGAACAGUUAUACAGACCCACAUCCCCAUACUGAUGCAAACCUGUGGAGUAUCUAACCGAGCUUGGAUCCAUUUUUGAAACGUGUGUAGAGGAACCCUUUAUCAGAACUCUGCACACAUUUACUCACAAGCAAUGCUGUGUUUAGGAGACUCUGCAGACUACCUCCGGGACCAUAUGCAGUGCAUGAUGAGAUCCCUGCAGGACCUGAAGCAGAUAAGCAGACCCAGGCCGCUGAGUGAACCAUGUGGACGCUCCUUCGCUGUCACGCGGCUCUGCAAACAGAGAGCCCAGCAAGAGCGACUCACCCACCUGCGAGUUUCUGAUGCCAGUGAAGCCAGCACGUACGACUCUGCCUGCUGCCUGGCCAGCCCUUUAGAGGAGGAGGAUGAGGAAGAUCAGGAGCAACAACAGGAGCACGAGCGGUUGGCACAAGGCUCCCCGGGCAGUGAGAAGAGUCUGGACUUUGACUCAGGUUACUCUGAGGCUUCCUGGCACGAUGAAGGGGUUGUGUUGAGGAGGACAAGAAAUGUGCGGGUCUCUUCUUCUGCAUGUCUCCGCACAAACAGAGGACCCUCUGGUAGAAUCAGACCCAAAUCAACCUCAGACGCUUGCUUGGAGCGUUGGACCUCCUUUGAGGCCAGUGACCCAGAGGACUGGACCACAUCUCUGCUUAGCCGCAGCAGGAAUAGACAGCCGCUGGUUCUGGGGGAUAACAGCUUUGCAGACCUCAUAAAGAACUGGAUGGACCUGCCAGAGUGUCCAGAGCAAGCAGAAUUAAAGCCUAGUGCAGGGCGGCGUCUGGCUAAAGACAUUCUGGUGAACAUGCGGCGCAGACUGGCAGGGAUGUCUAAAGGUGUGGAGGUCAGGAUGAGGCCUUCAGACCCCUCACAAGUCAGCAGGGUUUCAGAGGCCUCUAAACGGAUGUCCUGCCCUGUGGGACUCCAGGCUCUCAAACCUUUCUUUCACCAGUCUCACACAGGCCUGCACCACCCGGACUCUGACUUCUACCAGUUCACUGCUCUGAUGAAGACAGGCAGCAGACAACCAAUCAUAUGCAAUGACAUCAUUGGAUACAUUUAAUACGUUUCUAAAAACAGACUGAGAGCCAAACACUUAUUAUAUUGAGAUUGUUCUAUUUUUGUAAUUUCAUUUUGUUUACAGUGUUGAAUAAAAAAGUUUGGGAUUUAA